GCUCGGUUGGUGUUUCUCCAGAAGUUUCCCCCUUGGGCGGCGGCGGUGCUGGUAACCUCGGUAGGAGCAGCUCCAGCAGCGGUAGCAGUGACCAUUAGAGAUGGCGGCGGCUGCUGCGGAACCUGCAGCAGCCCAGAGGUUUUUCCGGAGCUUCUCAGAUGCUCUGAUCGACGAGGACCCUCAGGCGGCGUUGGAGGAGCUGACUGAGGCUCUGGAGCAGAAACCAGAUGAUGCACAGUAUUACUGUCAAAGAGCUUAUUGUCACAUUCUUCUUGGGAAUUACCAUGAUGCUGUUGCUGAUGCAAAGAAAUCUCUUGAACUUAAUCCAAAUAGUUCCAUUGCUCUGCUGAGAAAGGGGAUAUGUGAAUACCAUGAAAAAAACUAUGCUGCUGCUCUAGAAGCUUUUACAGAAGGACAGAAAUUAGAUAGUGCAGAUGCUGAUUUCAUUGUCUGGAUUAAAAGGUGUCAAGAAGCUCAGAAUGGAUCACAGCCUGAGGUGUCUGCAUCCCAGAGGACUUAUCAGUCAAAAAUCAAGUAUGACUGGUAUCAAACAGAAUCUCAAGUAAUCAUUACACUUAUGAUCAAGAAUGUUCAGAAGAAUGAUGUAAAUGUGGAAUUUACAGAAAAAGAGUUGUCCGCAUCGGUGAAACUUCCUUCUGGAGAGGAUUAUAAUUUGAAGCUGAGACUUCUUCACCCUAUAAUACCAGAACAGAGCACAUUUAAAGUACUUCCAACAAAGAUUGAAAUUAAAAUGAAAAAGCCAGAGGCUGUGAGAUGGGACAAGCUAGAGGGGCAAGGAGAUGUGCCUAACACCAGACGGUUCAUAACAGAUGUAAAGAACCUGUAUCCAUCAUCAUCUCAUUAUACAAGAAAUUGGGAUAAAUUGGUUGGUGAGAUCAAAGAAGAAGAAAAGAAUGAGAAGUUGGAGGGAGAUGCAGCUUUAAACAAAUUAUUUCAGCAGAUCUAUUCAGAUGGUUCUGAUGAAGUGAAACGUGCCAUGAACAAAUCAUUUAUGGAGUCUGGUGGUACAGUUUUGAGUACCAACUGGUCUGAUGUAGGUAAAAGGAAAGUUGAAAUCAAUCCUCCUGAUGAUAUGGAAUGGAAAAAGUACUGAAUAAAUUAAUUUGCUAUCACUGUAUUGCGUAUAUUCAGCUAACGCCCAUUGUGUAUUAAUACUGCAUUCUUGAAUUUUGAACACUGAGUACAUCUUUUUAAAGGAUUAUACCUCUUUACCUCUUUGUGCUUUAGAAAUUAUUUUCCUUCAAGUGUUCUAAGAGUCUAAUGAAGAAUGAAAGUCAUGUUUUAUCACUUUUGUCCUUAAGGACUUCAGAUAUGCUGAAACGGAAUGAAGUAUCAUUUGCUACUAGAUAGAUUACUUCUACCUAGUUUGGGGAGUGGAGAAAUUGUUAAUGGGAUAUCUUGGGUUAUUGCCUUAUUUUUGAUGCAGUAUUCUGUUAAUUUAUUAGACGUGGCAACUUUGGGUGAGCAUAGAUUUCUCAAUUUCAGUGUUAUAUUGUUUGCUUUUAAAAACUGCUUUUGAAUGGAGUUGUAAAUACAAUUUUUCUAUGAAGAAGUUUGGUUUAUUUACCUUUUUCUUAAGUUUUUAAUGAAAACUUUGAGAAAUUAUUUAUCACAGGGGAUUCCCAUUUGAUUAUUUUUAUGGGAAGUAUUUGUAAUUGCACUGAGAAUUUUGGUCCUUACCCUUCAAAUUCCUGUAGAAAACAUUGACACCUGAGUUUAUCAUGCUGCAAAUUUAACUGUACUGAAGGCUAAUCUGUGAAGCUGGGUCAAACAGUAAUUUAGGAGAGCCCAACUCCACUUCUUGCUGCUUUUGCCACAGCAGGAUUCCUGAAAUUACAAGACUGGUGGUUUGGUUUGGUUUUUUUUCUUCUUUUUUUCUUUAUUAGAAAAUCUCUCUUCUUAUAGCCCCGUGAUUACUUUCCUUUUGGUGGUUUAGGGCAGCUACUGAGAGAGUAAUAUGUAUACAUUUAGUAUCUAUCCUGUUUAUAGAAUAAAUAGAUACCAUGGGAAUACAAAAACUAAAAGACAUGAUUGUUGACUUCAGAGACUUUAUAAUCUAGCAGAGAGAGAAAAUUAACAUUCAGGAAGGAAUUAUGAAUGGUUGAAUGGUGAAGUUAUUACAAAUACAGUUUUGAGAUAGAAAAAAUACCUAUCUGUGAUUAAAUGUUCUGUGAUUAAAACUACUGACAGUCUAAGCUGUUAUAAAGCAAAGACCAUGGAUGACCUGUAGGUCUGAUUCCUUUUCUCAUUGUAAUUUUGGAACCAUAGAGGGUGGUGUCUAUUAGGUCUCACUAACAUUUUGUGGCAAGGAAGUACUGUAUACCCUC